AUGGCCCGAAACACGCGUAGUGAAUCGAGAUGGUUGCCACGUGUUCCGAUCCUGGCCGCCUCGCUGCUGGCAGCGGGCGCAGGCAGCGCGGCAGGCGGAGCUGGAAGCGCCCCCCGCCCAGUGGGGUUCGGGGGAUACGUGGGCAGUGCGCGGGUGCAGACAGCAGCCGCGGGGGCGGCUGGAGGGGGAAGGGAGAGCGCGGAGGGCGGGGCAGACGGAGGGCGGGAGGGGCAAGGGGGGGCAGCGGAGGCUUCUGCAGGCAGCGGGCCUAAGGAGCUGGUCAUUGGGGCGGACGUGGGCGGCGAGGCAGCGGCGCAUCUGAGGCGGCUGGCGAAGAAAGACGCCACCACCAAGCUGAAGGCGCUGGAAGCGCUUCAGGGGGUGCUGGGCGGCAGCACAGCCGCCCAGAUGCAAGCCAUGCUGCCUGCUUGGGCGUUUGAGUACCGGCGGCUGGUGGUGGACGGCAGCAGGGCUGUGCGCCUCGCCACACACGCCACCAUGACCCUGCUCGUCAAGGCCGUGGGCAAGGGCCUGGCGCCACACCUGAAGCAGGUGAUGGGGCCGUGGUGGGUGGCGCAGUUUGACUCCUCCCGUGAUGUCGCUGCUGCCGCCUCCCUCUCCUUCCAGGUGCGUCACAGGCUUACCAGCUUUCGUCUCCUCCUGCUGCCCACCCUGCUGCCCACCCUGCUGCCCACCCUGCUGCCCAUCCUGCUGCCCAUCCUGCUGCCCAUCCUGCUGCCCAUCCUGCUGCCCAUCCUGCUGCCCAUCCUGCUGCCCAUUCUGGUGCAGCCGCUGUGCACUCCUCAUCCAUACCACACUUGUCACCUCCUUCUUCUCCCCCCCUCCCUCCUCCAGACAGCCUUCCCCACGCCCACACGGCGAGUGGAGGCGCUGGCAUUCGCGGGGGAGGCGGUGGUGGGCGCACUGGCGGAGCUGCUGGCCGCCACCCCGCAGUCGCUGGCUGCUGCCGACCGCUCGCUCAGCGUGGAGGAGGCCAAGCACCGCCUGGACGAGGUGCGAUGCGCUCUGCUGGCGCUGAGGGCGCUCCUGCAAACCCUGCUGCCGCCACGGCCACUCAGAGGGGCUGCUGCUGGCGCUGCGACCGCAGCCUACCACACGUUGCCAGCUGUCCUGCUCUCAUUGGGCCCGCAGGGGCAGGAGCAGGAGGGAGUGGUGACGAGUAGCGGGAGGGGGGGCAACCAGGAGGGAGGGGGGGGCGGAGAGAGGUGGGAAGGUGAAGUGGAGGUGAUGGGGGAAGCGGAGGUGGUGGAGAAGGUGGGGCCAGUGGUGGCAGCAGCCAUGGGGGAGAAGGUAUCCGCAUGCCAUGGCGCCAUGUGGGAGCUGGUUCUGGUGGCAUCACGCACCUGCCCCUCCCUCUGGGCCAACCCUUCCUUUCUUAAAUCCGCUCUGCCGAAGCUCUGGGGUUUUCUCCGAGCCGGGUGUUUAGGCUCGGCAGCGCAGUCGUACCCGUGCCUGCUGCCGCUGCUUUCGGUGUUCUUCCGAGCCAGGCUGCACCAAUCACAGGGCGUGUUGGUGCCUUUUUUUACGAGCCUUUGGCAGGGACGGCUUGUCCACAUGGCGCGGCCUGAUUGGCUGGCGCUGCUGACGUGUGUGAGGGAGUGCUUGGUGCUGAGUGUGGUGCAGCUGAGGCGAGAGGAGGGGAGGGCAGUGGGGGAGGAGGAGGUUGGGGGAGGGGAGCAGAAGGAGGGUGGGAGAGAAGGACAGGUAAUCUACGCUGGAGAACUAGUGAAAGUGGUGUUGUGGGAUUUAUGCUUCCUAGACCUCCUUCCCGAGCCCAGGAACACUGGUUCGGACCUAGGCUCGGAUUCUCAUGGUCCAGAGAAGACAGAGGGCACUGGUGGAAAGGCCGAAGGGGGGAGGGGCGGGGUGGCAGCGGGUGAGAGGAAGGGCGGGAGUGCAUGGCUGGGAGCGGUGGUGGCGUGUGUGGGAGAGACAGUGAGGCAGAUAGUGCAGGUGGAGAGGGGAAAGGGGUGGACGGGGGGCGGAGGAGAGGAGGCGCAAGAGCUGGGGAGGGGUGAGGCGCCAAGAGGGUCUGUUAUGGACGGCUUCUGGUCGUGCGUGGUGGAUGCCGUGCUGUCUGCUGUUGAUGGCCCCACUGCUACUGGUGUGCCUCCUCCUGUUGAUGCUGCCAAGAAGGAGAACACAGGGGAGUGUGAAGUGGCGCUGCUGAGGCGAGCACUGGCAGGGAGCGCUGCUGCUGAUGGUGGUCAUAACACAAGCAAGCGCACUAGCGACGGCAGCACAGUGCAAGCAGUUCUGUCACUGCUGAAGCAGCUCAAGCCGACAGCAGCAGCUGCAGCAGGGCCUGCAGGAGUGGCAUCAGCAGCAGCAGGCGGUGUGAAGGGCAGUGGCGAGCGUAUGGAGUGGGUGGUGCCUGCAGUGGUGUCUCCUCUCAUGCACCGACUGCUGCCCCUCGCGCUGCCCCUCCCCCUCCCGUCCUCUCCCCUCCCCUCUUCAUCCUCCCCCGCUCGCAUGGAAGCGGCAGCAGCCAUGGCGGCGGCACUUGUCGACAUGUUUGGAGCACCAGCCAUCCCGUGCCAGCUGGCGGCGCAUGAUUCGACGGACAGUGCAGCUACCGUGGCUCGCAGUGGCACGACUCCCCUGCAGCUGCUGGACUUGCUGCUGGCAGACACGGAGGUUGGGGCAGGAGAGGGAGCGAGUGGCAGGGCGGAUGGCAGGGCUGUGUUUGUUCUGCAAGUGAAGCUCCUCUCGCACCUCGCCCUGCUCCCUCCGCCACACAGCACCAUCACCACCACCAUCACCACUAACAGCAGCAGUGCAAGCAGCAUAGGUGGAAGCGAAUCAGGGGCAGCAGAAGGCGAGAACUGCCUGUCGCUCAUCGUGCAGCGGCUGUGCACUGCUGCACUCCACCCAGCCAAGCAGAGCGAGGCAGAGGCAGGUGGGGGUCAUGGUGGAGGCUCCUCCUCCCUCAACAUGCCCGCUUGCCUCCUCGCUGCUCUCCUCUCCUCGCUCUCCGCCCCCUCCCCUCCCCUCACCGCCGCGGCCAGCACCGCUCUUGACCGCUUGGCCAUGCACGUGGUUGCAUCCAUGCCGCUGCUGCUCCUCCCCUCCUCCCAAUGGCUCCUCCGAACGCUCCUCUCUCCGCCUCCUGCUGCUCCCACGCCCCUCUCUGUCCCCUCCUCGCGUUCCUGGCUGUCGCCCUCCUGCCUUGCCUCGGUCUAUGCCUCUCUGCAUUCGCACCUGCUUUCUUCCCUCCUCGUGCUCUCCUCCUCUCCGUCCCUCCACACUCUCGGUCUCAUGCUACAGCCACUGCUGCUGCUGGUGAGGCGAGAGGGAGGUGUGGGGGGAGAAGGGGUGGAAGUAGGAGCAUUGGAAAAGCCAGACUCAGAAGGAGGAGGUGAGGGGGAUGCCACAUCAGCACAGGCCGAGCUGGCAGCAUGCCUGGACGUCCUGGAGCCCCUGUGGCUCGCCUCUCAUGUGUCUGCCAGCAGCGCAGGCUCUGCUGCGCUGUCGCGUGGUGAUUUGCUGGCGGUGGUUGCUGCUUGCUCGUCUUACCUUGUAAGCUGGUGCCUGGGGGAAGGGGAGGCAGACAAGGGAGAACAGGCAGGGAGUGAGGAGGAGAGUGACGAUGAGGAGGAGGAAACGAAGGAGGAUGGGGACGAGGAGGGGGAGGGAGAGGAGGGGUUGGAGUUGGAAGAAGAAGAGGAGGGGGGAGGAGGAGGGGCAUCAGGGGAAGGGUACAUGGAAAAGGUUCUGGGAGGGGGUGGAGCAGCAGUGGCGGUAGGAGCAGCAGGAGCAGCAUGGGGUGCAGCAGGGGUUGAAACGGGUGUGGGGGCAGGUGGGACAGGCGCUGGAGAAGGGAGUGAGACUGCACGGCUCGCAUCCGUGGGUGCUCACAUGGCAGGGCCUGUGGUGGUAACUGUGUUACCAGCUCUGCUUUCUGCAGCUAACCAAUGGGUCUCGCUCCUCUCACACCCUCCAUCUACCAGUCACUCCACCACCACUGAUUGCACUACCACCACUCACACCACCCAUGCGCCAUCAGCCACCCUCACUAACCCUAUGCCAGUAGCUACCCUCACUGCACGCCUGCUCACUCGCUCUCUUGCCACUGCUGCUGCUUCUCCUCUCUCCCACUGCCGCCCACACCUCUGUGCGCGCUGGGCGGCGGAUCUUGUCCGUUUCUUCCAGCUGCAAGGCGGGAAGGAGGCGGCGGAGAGGCGUGUGAUUGGGUGGAUUCUGGCCGAUCUCGAGUUGAUGGGUGGAGGGGAGCAAAAAUGGCCUCGAUUUGUGGGUCACUUUCCUGACUCUUCUGUCACGGCUGGUUCUCGUGACAGUGCGGGCGGCGGGCGGGCGGCACUGGCGGUUGAACUGAUGUGCGCCUGGCAAGAGGAACACUCUCUGCGCCACCACCAUCACUCCACCGUCACGCCACAUGGCGGCCUCUCAUUGGGCGGGCUUGACGGCGAUGGCCUUGGGAUUGGGCCAGCAGUGGUGGCGGAGCUGAUGGUGGGGGCAGCACGGCAGGUGGGGGAGAAGGAGGCGGAGGUACAACAAAGUGUGGAGGGAGGGGCAGAGGCGGGAGCAGGAGUGGGAGGAGCAGUAGAGGGCAGAGCGGAGGGAAGGCUUGUGAGCGAGGUGGUGAGUGUGUUGGUGCAACUGGCGUCCCAGGAAAUCGACCCUGCUCGUGCCAGUGCUGCCACCGCCACUGCCACACAUGCAUCAUUGGCUCUCAAGGCACUCUGCGGGCUUCUCAGAAGGUUCCUUGCAGCAGGGGCGUGGGGCCCACGGCAGGCAUGGCAGGUGGUGCAGCAGCAGGUGGCAGCACUGAAGGAUGAGAGAGAGGGCCGUGGCAACUCUUCCCAUGGAAAUGCCGGGAGUGGGGGAGGGCGUGGGAGAGUGCGAGUGGUGGCAGAGGUGGUGGGGAUACUGAUGCCUGUGGUGCGGUGGGGCGGGCAGGCAGGGGGGCGAGCCGAGGCAGCAGGGGGAGGUGCAGCAGCGGGUGGGGAAGGAGGAUGGAGAGGGGCGUUGGAGCAGCAGGUGGAUGAGGAGGUGGUGUGGUGGGUGCAGCGAGCCAAUGAGGCGAUGCCACUUGUCGCAUGUGUGGAGCAGCAGAGUGCAGAGGCAAGAGACUCGCUCGCUCUCCACGCCCUCGCCUUGGCGCUCUUCCCCAUGCCACCAUCAUCUGGCAGCGUGGGGCCCGGGGAGACGAGCAGUGCUCUGAGCAGUGGUAAGAUGAGGCAUGCUGGGGGUGUGAGUGCGGACGUGGGAGGGGGGGACGAGUUGGAUGAUCUAGACGAGCUUGAUGAAUUGGAUGAGCUGGAUGAGGAUGGCGGCGGUGAUGCAGGUGGCAGUGAUGACGUGCCAUUUGACGAGCUUGAUGAGCUGAACGAGGAGGAGGAGCAGAGCGGUGGGAGGGAUGGAAGGCCGGCGCAGGUGCAGAGCAGUGCCAGUGGUGCAACCAGUAACAGGGAGGCAUUGCAGCAGCAGCAGGUGGGGGUCGAGGAAGCAUGGGAGAGCACACAGGAGAGCAGGGAGGAGUGGGUGGCGCACGUGAAUUGCUGCCUCCUCGCCCUCGCCAGCUCAGCAGUGGCGUACAGCUGGCAGGAGAUGGCGGAAGCUGACGUGGCGUUUGUGGGCGGCAGGCUGCGGCGGGCGCUGGCAGCAGCAGCCAUGGCGUUUGAGGAGCUGGUGGAGGGCAUGGGGGAGGGGGUGGGGGAGGAAGAGGAUGGGAAUAGGAGAAAAUCAGGAAAGAGGCAAGCAGGGGAGGGGCAGGCAGGGGAUGAGCAGGGGAGGGUGAGUGGCAUGGCACGGCGGCUGGAGGCCAUGCCGUUGGACGUGGCAGGUGCUGCCCUCUCACUGCUCUCCAUGCUGCUCGCCCUCCACUCCCACGCCUCUGCUGCCUCCGCUGCCACCAGCAGCAUCUUCUCACUCUGGUCGUCAGCCGCUGCAUCGGCGUCCCCCUCCUCGCUCUGGUCAUCAGAGGCAUGUGCAGCGGUGGUACGGCAGGGGUCAGAGCACGCCUUGCGCAUCUUCAUUGCUACAGGCCUAGCAGACGCGGCUGUCCCUCACAGCACCGUCGCCAGCAGUGCAGCCAGCAGCGUUCAGAGCAGCCAGCCCAUGACAGCCUGGCGCCUGCAGCAUCCACUCUUCUUCCGCCAGCUGUCGCACGCAGUGCUUGCCGCUCCCCCUCGGGCGGUGGAAGCAGCGGUGCGGGCAGCGGAGAUCUGGGGGGCGGGGCGAGGGCCAAUUGCAGGGCUGUAUGCGCUCAUGUGCGGCCCGUCGCCAGGUGGCAGCGUGCGAUUGGCUGCAUUCUGGUGUCUUUCUAGGGAGCAGGUAUUGCCUGCUGCUGUGGGGGCAGCGGUGGUGAGGGGCGGAGGAGACGGGGAGACACAUGGAGAGCCAGUUGGUGAUGGCGUCAGACCUGAGCUGGCUCACAUUCUGCAGCCAGCCAAUCGGAAGGAGUUGCUGACGUCAGCUCUGACGUCAUCGCAGCGGGUGCGGUACUACCUGGCAGCUUGUCUUGUGCUGCACCGCAUCCAAUCCCUCCCCACCUCACCCCCAUCCCCACCUCCCUCCACCGCAACCGCCUCUGCCGCAUCGCCAUCCUCCCCUCGUGACCGCCUCAUCUCUUUCAUCCUAGCCACUCCCACUCUCACUCUCCUCCUCGACCUCGUCUCUCAAAACCUCCUCCUCGCCCCCUCUCCCUCACACUCCUCCGCCUCUGCACGUCGCCUCAUCCAUCUCAACCCCUCAGGACCCCUCCCCCCUGCGGUAGCCCAAGCUGGGGACUUUGCCACACGUGCAGUUGCCCAGGCCUCGCCUCUGGACGUCGCACUGGAAGUUUUAACCCUGUCCGGGGCAGGCAAAUUAUCGGUGCCACGCAUGCGCAGCCUGGCAGCAGCGGUGUUUGGGGCAGCGCUGCGAGUGGUGCCAGGGGGGGUGAGGCGGUGGUAUGCGGAUGUGAGGGAGAAGGGAGUGCGGCGGGGCAUGGACAUCUUCACUGCCCGAUACUGCAGCGCUCACAUGAUCUCCCUCGAACUCGCCCAGGCGCAGAAGGCGGGCGGCAGCAAGGAGGACCUGACGGUGCGCACACGGCGGUCAGCACGCGAGGUGUGGGCGGCGUACUGCAAGGACGAGGCCAAGCUGGAGCUUGUCAUCAAGCUGCCCGAAAGCUACCCGCUGCGAGGGGCAGCUGUCGAAAGUUCCAAAGGGGCAGGCGUGAAAGAGGCCGAGAUGCGCAAGUGGCUGUUGGCUGCUAACUCGUUCCUGCUGCUGGGAGGGGGGUCGGUGGCAGAUGCGGUGGUGCAGUGGUGCGAGUGUGCAGAGAAGAAGUUUGAAGGGGUUGAGGAUUGCCCCAUCUGCUACAGUGUCAUCCACUCGUCCAAUGGCAGCCUGCCACGUCUGCAGUGCCGCACGUGCAAGCACAAGUUCCACCCCGAGUGUCUGUACCAGUGGUUCCAAACCUCCCACAAGUCCACCUGCCCGCUCUGCCAGACAUCCUUCUAG